CUGCAGCUGCGUUGGGAGGAGCCUGUGAGGAAUGGCAGAUGCUCCGCCUCCGCGGUUACGUCAUCGCUGGUUUCUUUUGGAUUGUAGGGACAAAGUCCAGUUACCUAGGCAACUGUUAGUCCCGCACUUGUGGAGGAGUCUAGCCUUUGGUCCUCUGGUGUGCUGCGUUCUAGGAACAGGAGCAUAGUCGAUGAUACCAAGCUGAUGUUAAUAAGUGGGAUAAGUUAAAUAAACGGAUGGAUGCAUAGUAAAGGCAGACUUGAGUAUCAUAGCCUGAAUCACUGGCUGUGCAACCUUAGACAGGGGACCUCAGCACUCUUGAGUCCCCUUAGUUUCUUCCAUCCGCACCUAUUGAGCACUUACUGUAUGUAAGGAUCUGCGCCACAGACGCUUAUGUAUUAUACACCUCUCUUAGGGGUAGCUCUAAACUCUAAUUGUAGUGAUGUCUAAAAGUGGCUAAUACUUAGAAUCCUAGCAUUCAGGAGGACAAGUCAAGAGGAUUUUGGAGACUAGUCAGUUCUAGGACAGCCCAGCAUGGAAUACAGAGUGACACCCUGUCUCAGUAAAUAAAGCUGGAUGUGGUGGUAUGUGCUGGUUGUUGUCAAGAUGGAGUUUCCAACUCAGUAAUCCAAGGAUUAGACCCUGAGUCCCCAAAGCAUGAUCUCCUUCUGUCCAGUCUGUGGCAAAAGUGUCAAAGCAUCGUUCAAGUUCUGCCCGUACUGUGGCCAGGCCCUGCCUGUAGAGGAGCAUGCAGAAGCCCAGCCUGGCACUCCGCGUCUUGUGUCAUCCUUUCGAGGCUCAAGGAGAGAGCUGAACUCCAGUUCUGAAACCUCUCCCAAGAAAGUGAAAUGGUCACACACUGUCACCUCUCUCCCACCCUCCCUCCUCUCUGACUGUGACAGUUCUGAGUCUGAAGAUACCUUGAAUUCUCCUGAGAGAGCCACAGGCACCUGGAGCAGACCCCCGACCCCCAGAGGCAGCCCACAGUCCUCCAGGCUAAGUCCUCAGACACUGAAGCGGAGCCGAGUGACCACCUCACUCCAGGCUUUGCCCACGGGGACAGGGCUGACCGACAAGAAAGGGCAGCACUGGACACUCAGGGCCCUCCAGACCCGGGAUGACCAAGGCAUCCUCUAUGAAGCUGAGCCCACUUCUGCCCUCUCCUGUGAAUCAGGGACUCAGAAGCAUAGGUUCUCACUCAAGCUGGACUCCAAGGAUGGGCGCCUUUUCAAUGAGCAGAACUUCUUUCAGAGGGCAGCCAAGCCUGCGCAAGUGAACAAGUGGAAGAAACAGUUCUUGGUUCCGCUCCUGGCCAUCCCCACCUGCGUCGGCUUUGGCAUUCACCAGGACAAGUACAGGUUCCUGGUGUUCCCCAGCCUGGGGAGGAGCCUUCAGUCAGCCCUGGAUGACAACCCAAAGCAUGUGAUAUCAGAGAGAUGUGUGCUGCAGGUGGCCUGCAGGCUGCUGGAUGCUCUACAGUUCCUCCAUGAAAAUGAGUAUGUUCACGGGAACCUGACAGCUCAGAAUGUCUUUGUGAAUCCAGAGGAUCUAAGCCAGGUGACCCUGGUGGGCUAUGGCUUCACCUUCCGCUACUGCCCAGGUGGCAAGCACGUGGCCUACAGAGAAGGCAGCAGGAGCCCCCAUGAGGGGGACCUGGAGUUCGUUAGUGUGGACACGCACAAGGGAUGCGGGCCCUCCCGCCGCAGCGACCUCCAGACCUUGGGCUACUGUAUGCUCAAGUGGCUUUAUGGGUCCCUGCCAUGGACAAACUGCCUUCCCAACACUGAGGAGAUCACUAGGCAGAAGCAGAAGUUCCUGGACAGCCCCGAGCUCUUCGAGGGACUUUGUAGCCGCAGGAGCAGGGCCUCAGAGACCCUGCAGGAGUACCUGAAGGUGGUGAUGGCCCUCAAUUACGAGGAGAAGCCGCCUUAUGCCAUGCUGAGGAACAGUCUAGAAGCCUUGCUGAAGGAUCUGCGGGUGUCACCCUAUGACCCCCUGGACCUCAGGAUGGUGCCUUAGGUGGAAUCCAGAGCUUCCGACUUGCAGCUUGAAAUAGAAUGUGAAGUAGUAUGUCGAGGCCUUCUGUUUGAACUCAUCUACCCCUAAAAGACAUGCGAAGCAGCCCUCUCAGUGUUGGAGAACCUGAGUCAUCUCCCAUAAUGUGAAACUUCCUCAUCCCUCCACAGUUGUGAAUGGAGGUGACUGGAUGCUGGUGGCAGCAGUGACCACUCCCUAGGGCCCUCCGUCCAUGGGCAUUCCUGUGAUUCCGUAAUAAACUGUUUUUAAUCAA